AUGAACACAGAGCCAAUCAAGGUCCCUCGCAGUUUCCGCCUCCUCGAUGAACUCGAAAAGGGUCAAAAAGGUCACGUGAGCGACGGCGUCUCCUAUGGGUUGGAGGAGCCAGAUGAUAUUUCCCUCACCACGUGGAGUUGCACAAUCUGCGGACCUCACAUGACUCCGUUUGAAAACAGGAUUUACUCCCUCACGUUGCGUUGUGGACAACACUACCCCGAUCAAGCUCCAGAUGUUAAGUUUAACACCAAAAUAAAUCUUCCCUCUGUUGACGGCCUUGGAAAUGUUUCAAGAGGUCUUGGUAUUCUCCGUUCUUGGAACUGCCAUCAGUCUAUUGAGUCCGUUCUGGUUGCUUUAAGACUAGAAAUGGCUGCACCUAGUAAUCGCCGAUUACCCCAACCAGCUGAAGGCGAUAUGUACCACUAG